UUUUCACUAGUAUGUGCUCAGUUUAUCAAAAACGAGAUGUGCCCUAAUCACUCUCCCCUUGAUUACGCUCCUGAUCAUUCCCCUGGUUCUUUCCUUUUGUAACUGGCAAGGGUUUGGCCGUUUGGAGUUGUUUGUUACAGGCUAGAUUCUUACGUGUAUUGAAUUGUUUGGUGUUAUCUGCGGCUCUUGGCUUUGGCUGAUCUCCCAAAUUCCCGCUCCUACUUUUUUUUUUUGUUCAGUUCAGAUUCUUUUUGGGAGAAGAAUCUUAACAUUUCACAACUCAUUCUCCCUCUCUUGUCGCUCGCCUGCUUUCGCAUUCGAAGAGAGAAAGUGAAGCAGAACAAUGGUUUAUUAGAAGCUUCAACCUAAGUACCUAAUCAGUGAAUUGAUGGAUAUGGAUAGUUCACAAGAUUUGUGUAGCCUUGAAGCUAAUGGAGAUGGGAGGAAGGAGAACUUAUCUAAUCAUUGCUGUUCUUUCUCAACCAACUCAGGAUAUCGAUUAUUUGAUCGCCAAAGGACAAUUCACCAGAUAAUUGGAGGAGGUAAAGCUGCUGAUGUCAUCUUAUGGAAACGACGGCAUGUUUCAUUUGGUGUCAUCAUUGUUUCUACGGUUGCAUGGCUCCUAUUUGAGCAAUCAGGAUUGUCAUUUUUGUCAAUUUGUUCAGACAUCUUCCUGAUCUUAAUUGUAAUCCAGUUUCUUCGUGCAAACUUUGCUGUUCUAAGAAACAAAAGACAACUUCAACCAUUACCAGAGCUGGUCUUGUCAGAGGAAAUGGUCAACAAUGCUGCUGCUUCAUUCCGUGUUAAAAUUAAUAAUGUGUUGCUCAUGGCACAUGAUAUCACUCUCGGGAAAGACUUCAGACUUUUUUUUAAGGUGGUGGUUUGUUUGUGGCUCUUGUCUGUGAUCGGUGGCUUCUUCUCAUUCUUCACUCUAGUGUAUAUUGGAACUAUCAUUUCAAUCACUGUGCCUGUCUUAUACAACAGAUAUGAAGAUCAUGUGGAUAAAUAUGCUGGAGUGGUCCACCAAAAGUUUUCAAAGCAUUAUAGAGUAGUGGAUGAAAAUAUUGUUAGCAGAUUCCCACGGAAUUUAACGAAGGAGAAAGAUACGUAAAUCCCCACAUAAGGCAUGGCUGAUGCAGAGUUGUUUUGGUGCGAGAAUGGAGAUUGUAUGAGCCAUUGAGCCUAUUAGGCUUGCCUGAAGUUUCGUUUCUUUCUUAGCCCACCUGUGGGAUUAUGAACUUUCCUGCUACUUGCCCGAGGUUUGAAAUAUCAAAUAUGAUACAUUCGAUGCGCGGUGUGACGUAUCGGCUUCCUAUGUGAUUGCCAUGUGGCAUAGGUGGAAUGGUCAAAAUUUAGUGCCACUUGCCACUCCACCUGAAUCCAAUGUAUCGGUCAAAUAUGUAUUACGAAAUAUGUUAAAAUUAUCAAAUAUGUAUUGUGAUAGAUUGGGUAAAUGAGGAUUUAACAAAUCCUAUUAUAUAGAUCGAUACAAUGUAUGUAUUGAUCCAUAUUGUAUUGAUCUUACACCUGUGAAUUCCUCAUGAACUGUUUCUCAUUUUAGUGGAAGACCAACAUUUCCAAUGUUACCCAAAAUUAAUUAGCCAGAAAACACGUUUGUCGGCAGGAGAUCCGGACUCCCCAAAUAUGUGGGGUUUUUAUUUUGCUAGAUCCAAAUGUAUGGGGUUGGCUGAAUAAAUUAUAUUCCACCAUUCUGUUUCA